CUAUACUUUAUAAACCCCAACAAAGUUUUCAACAAACAGAUGAACGCAAUGGGAAGGCAGCAUCAAAGAUCCAGUUCAUCAAAUGCUCAUCACCAGCGUCAAUACUCCGAUAACUUCCUAGACUCUUCCAACGGACGAUGGCUCCAAUCGGCAGGUCUUCAACAUCUCCAAUCUUCAAAUGCAUCUAUGGGUUCCCUUCAGGACUUGGGUUACUACGGCGGAUUGCCUGGUGGUUCCAGAACGUAUAGGAAUCUUCAAAGGACUUUCAGUGGAGGAAGUGAUUUUUUUCAGGAACCUUCCACACCAUCGAGUCAGAGACAGAGUAGAGAGGAUCCGGAAUCUCCGAAUGAAUUUAGUCCUGGAUUGUUAGAUCUACACUCAUUUGAUACUGAAUUGCUUCCUGAGAUGCCUUCAUUGGGCAAUUAUGAUGUUGUUCCACCUCUAUAUCGAUCUAUUCGUGGCCGAAGCUUUGAUGAUGCUGAGCCAUAUAUUGUAAAUAACAAACAGACGAGUAAGGCUCAUGCUGCACCAGAAAACAUUGUCUUGAAAAGUUUUGCUGUUGAUAAAGAUAAAGGAAGUAAUGUAGCCAAGAUUAAAGUUGUGGUGCGGAAAAGGCCAUUAAACAAGAAGGAGCUUGCGAAGAAUGAUGAGGAUAUAGUAACAAUAGAGUCACGUUCUAAUUCUUUGACUGUUCACGAGACUAAGCUGAAGGUUGACCUAACUGAGUAUGAGGAGAAACACGGGUUUGUAUUUGAUGCUGUGCUGAAUGAAGAGGUUUCAAAUGAUGAAGUUUAUCGUGAAACUGUGGAGCCAAUAGUGCCUAUAAUUUUUCAGCGAACAAAAGCAACUUGCUUUGCAUAUGGCCAAACAGGUAGCGGAAAGACCUUCACCAUGAAGCCUUUACCUCUUAAAGCAUCUCGCGAUAUUCUGAGGCUUAUGCAUCAUACAUACAGGAAUCAAGGCUUUCAUCUAUAUUUCAGCUUCUUUGAAAUAUAUGGAGGAAAACUUUAUGAUCUCCUUAAUGAGAGAAAAAAACUUUGCAUGAGGGAGGACGGAAAACAACAAGUUUGCAUUGUUGGUUUGCAAGAGCACAAAGUAUCUGAUGUUGAGACAAUCAAGGAUCUCAUCGAGAUAGGAAAUGCAACUAGAAGUACUGGCACAACAGGUGCAAACGAGGAGUCAUCUAGAUCCCAUGCCAUACUUCAGCUUGCAGUUAAGAGGUCUGUUGAAGGCAAUGAGUCUAAACCACCUAGAGUGGUUGGAAAGCUGUCCUUCAUUGAUCUCGCUGGAAGUGAACGCGGUGCUGAUACAACUGACAAUGACAAACAAACAAGAUUGGAAGGUGCAGAGAUCAAUAAAAGCUUGCUUGCACUGAAGGAAUGUAUUAGAGCACUUGACAAUGAUCAAAAUCACAUCCCUUUCAGAGGAAGUAAACUAACUGAAGUCUUGAGGGAUUCAUUUGUUGGAGAUUCUAGAACUGUCAUGAUAUCUUGUAUCUCUCCGAACUCGGGUUCCUGUGAACAUACUCUCAACACGUUAAGAUAUGCUGAUCGGGUGAAGAGUCUUUCGAAAGGUGGUAAUAAUUCCAAGAAAGAGGCAGUAUCGUCCAUCCCAACGAUGAAUGUUAAGGAAUCAACCACAGCUGUUUCAACCUAUGACGAUAUUCAUGAUUCGUGGCCUGAACAAGUUGGUAGAGAAACAUAUAAUGCUUCUGAAGAUUUCCAAGAGCCUGAAAAACCGAUCUGGAAGAAAAGUGCGAAAAUUGAAUCAUCAAAUGUAUCAAAUAUAGAAGAUAAUAGGAUGAGGAAAACCAACAACAUCCAGACAAAACCGAAGGACCUGCCAAAAUUUGAAGCUAAGAAAUCUUAUGAUGACAACGAUGAUGACGCUGAUUUGAAUACCCUAUUAAAGGAAGAGGAGGAUCUUGUGAAUGCACAUCGCAGACAAGUGGAGGAGACAAUGGAUAUAGUUAAAGAGGAAAUGAACCUAUUGGUGGAAGCAGAUCAACCCGGAAACCAUUUGGACGACUACAUAUCAAAACUAAACUCGAUUUUAUCGCAAAAGGCUGCUGGCAUUGUACAAUUACAAACACAGUUGGCGCGUUUUCAAAGACGUUUGAAGGAGCAUAAUGUUCUGUUUUCUUCUGGGAACUAGGUCUUAAGUAAAGGAUUUCACCUCGAUUCCAUUAUUACGAAAUCAUCAUAGUCAUUUAUUUGAUUUGCACUAUGUUGCGGCCUUUGAAAUGUAUUGUAUUAUUAACUCUGUAAUAUUAUCAUUUAUAGUGUUGUAGUUAUACUCUAAAGAUAAUAUGGUUGUAAUUGGAAUGAUACCUACUAAGCUGUAUAUUAGAUUGUGGUUUCUUAUUGGGUUGAACUUUUUUAGGC